AGUGUCAUACUGUCAUUUUUUGUUAGUUCUUUUCAAUUUUGAGAAGAGGGUUUGUUGAUGUUUUAAUCAAUCCAUGUGUUUGAUCAUGAGACAUUUGAAGAAAAGCACCGUAAGUAUGCAAAAAUUACUGAAAGCCAUGAUUCUUCAAAGUUCUGAUGAGACUAGUAUUUUUUUAUUGAGUAGAUCUACUUUAAAAGAAUUAAAGAGCAGAGGAAAAGGUGGCAGAAUCAAUUCAAUCACAGAUUUUGACAGAAAUCAUGUUUUACCGUGCUGUCGUGGAUCCUGUAAUUCAGGUGGCUGUAUUAAUGAAGACCUCUUUCAGAUACUUUUUUUUUUUUUUUUAAUUGAUGAGAAUAUUUCUUUUCAGGCUGAAACUUUAUGGACAUGGACUCAGGUACAAAGAAUUUUUUAGCUCCUCCGGAAAAAUUGGAUAAAGAUAACUCCAGAUAAAUUUUGCUGUCCUGAGUAGUAAAGCUCUACAGGUCAAUUGUAGGUGGACAGAAUGGCUAAGAAAAGGGAGAAAUUUAGCUGUUUAUGGUGGCAGAAUGGAAAUACAUUUACACUUGAGUGUACAGUCACAGCUUUAUUAUCUUCAUCAUGAAUUAUGUGAUCACAUCCACAGUGCAGAGCCUAAUUUUGCUGCAGAGUAUACCUUCCACAUGAAAGGAAGUUUUUUCUUCGUAAAAGGUCAGAGGCAGGAGGAGUCUCCUCAGAGCAGUUCAUGUAUAUGGCUUUGCGUGGGGCUAUAUAUUUGCAGCUCUUGCAUGUUGGCAACAGAGCAAGAGAAAGAUUUAAAUAGUUAGAACAUUGGAUUUCUAGAGACGCGAGAUUCCGGAAGACUGUUUUAUCAUAACAUGGCAAGAUACUGCUUUUCCAUUACUUCUGGAUCUACUGGUAGGGGCCCAAAAAUUGCUUUAGAAAGCACAUAUGAGACAGAACCUUAGAAUAAGAUGAAAGAGAGCUUAAAAAAAAUCAGAGAAGUUAUAAAGAAAAGACCUGAUCAAAAUAGGAGUCCCUCCAGUCCCAUUUUCCCUUUUGCUUUUUGCCAUCAGAAUAUUUUCAUCUUCUGUAAAAUUGAAUUCUAGAGACUUUGUGUUCUCUGCAUUUAGUGAAGAAAGUUGAGGCUUUUGUGCAAACACACAUAACACCCCUUCCCCCCCUCCCCGCCACACACAGUGAUUGAAGGCUUGGUAUAUUUCUUUUUAUGCUCAAGAUUUUUGCAGGGACUCAUUCCUUUGUACAGCUAAGCAAGAAAAGACCUGCCUGGUAAUUAGAACGGAAAUUUGCAAUGAGGGAGGAGGGAAGAGGAGGGGAAGAAAGAAGCAAGCAGGCAUUGCAAGAAGCAGUGCUGAUGACUCAAUGUAUGGCACACUUCUGAGUCAGUUUAGUGUAGUAAGAUACGGCAGCUGGAAGUGCCAUCUUUGCCUGGGGUAUAAAUUCGUGAUGAGCUCAAGAUUCUUCACAACAGGAUGGGGUCCUCCUGCUUGUCUUUCUGUUUAAGGAAUUGCAUUUUUCUUUUCACAGUCCUGCAUAAACUGUCGUAGGCUAAAGAUAAAAGAACAGUAAGGCAGGCAUACAACUAAUAACAGAUCCUUCUUCAAACACGUUAGGGAUAACAAGCCUACCAAAGAGUCUUGAGGGCCAAUAUAUGAUUGAGAUAUAUAAAAAAGCAUAGUUUAUCUUCCCAUAGCCCAUAGGGAGAUCUGUGGGAACAUAAGAAUGUACAAGGGGAAAAAAAAAAAAGAAAAAAAUUUUUUUGCAUUUGUGUUCAUCUUGGAGGACAGUGAAUUCCAGUGCCAGAAUGUUUCCUUAUGGCAAUUUUCCAUAGGAAGAUCUGUCUCAAAUUGAAAUGUCCUUAACAGACAAUGAUAGAACAAAUGAUUAGUAACAAAUCACCAGGACUGGUUGAUACUCGAUCUCGUGUUCUCAAGGAGCUUAAGACUCAAAUAGGUGAACUAGUAAUAAAGGCGUAAAUGUCUCACUUAGAGCAGCUUUGGGACCAAAGGAUCAGAAGGUAAUAAAUGGGAAGCCUGCUUUUUAUUUGUUUUUCCUUUCUUUUUUCUCCUCCCUCCACCACAAUGAUCUGAAGAGAACUAGGAAGUACAGACCAGUGAUCCUGGUAUCUGCAGCAGGCUGACAGGUAGAAACGGAUUUAAAGAAUGGAACCAGCAGAAGUGUGGAUAAAUUAUAUAUGGAAGGAGUCAACAGUGACUUUUAUAAGUGGAAGGGAAACAUGACAGCAAAAACAUUGUUGUUGUGCAAUAUCAUAACAGCAUUUCUGUCUUUAAUCAUAGCAGAGAAAUGUGAAGCCUAUGAUGUGGCAUUGAAACAAAGUCUUGUGCCUGCUGGGCAGCCUCUUGCUGUUAAGUGUUCACUGGAAAAGAGCUUGAAUUUUAAAAGUGGAGACUACAAUUUAACAUGGUAUAAAGUUGGUAACCAGAUGUCUGUGCCUAGAGACAAACUUUCUAGAAUUCACCAGCAGAAGAAUUUAAUUUGGUUUCUCCCUGCAAUGUUAGAAGAUUCUGGAGAUUAUGAAUGUGUCAUAAGGAAUUUGACAAGCUGCAGCAAAAUGUUUACAAAAGUAACAGUGUUUGAGAGGGUUGAUGGUUUAUGCUUAAAUGAAAAAUUUGCUGUAGAGGAGGUGAUAUUCACAUUAUCAUCUGCAAGGGUUGUGUGUCCACACUUGGAUUACUUCAGGGAUGAGAAGAAUACUCUGCCUGUUCAUUGGUAUAAGGAUUGUCAGCUACUGGAAGGGAAAAGGUUUUCCUCCUUAUACAAUGAUCUUGUCAUUUUCAAUGUAACUUUACAUGAUAAAGGAAACUAUACAUGCAAAACAUCAUAUACCUACAAUGGAAAACAAUAUAACAUUUCACGAGACAUCAGUCUAAGUGUGGAAGUGAGCCCACCAAAAAUGCCCCCAGAAAUAUCUUAUCCAAGAAACAACUCCAUUGAAGUGGAACUUGGCUCACAGGUUACAGUGGAUUGCAAUGCAACAGGUGCUGCUGGGUAUGAGGUGUUUUGGACAGGCAACGAUGUGUAUAUUGAUGUAUUUUAUAUGAGCAGAAUUUUUGCACAGCCCUAUGUGGAUGAAACUUCCCAUGAUGGACGCCCCAUGCUUACUGUGAAGCUAAUAAUAUCAGAAGUGUACGAUGAAGAUUAUGAACAACCAUUUGUCUGUCAUGCUUCAAAUGCCUUUGGGCAGGUUGCAUCCUAUAUCAUAUUAAAACACAGAGUUCUUGAUUUACGGAGAUGGCUGAUUGGAGGCCCUAUCUCUUUGUUGCUUAUAACAGUCAUUACUUUAAUAAUCUACAAGAUUUUCAAGAUUGACUUUGUACUUUGGUAUCGUAAUUCAGGUUGUGCUUUUGUAAGUAAGGAAGAUGGGAAAAUAUAUGAUGCAUAUGUCUUGUAUCCAAAAGGCAAUGGAGGCAGCAACUCCUAUCCUCUGGAAACCUUUGUUCUUAGAACACUACCUGAUGUUUUAGAACGACAGUGUGGAUAUAAUCUCUUUAUAUUAGGAAGGGAUGAUUUACCAGGGGAAGCUGUGGUCAGUGUUGCUGAUGAAACCCUUAAGCAAAGCAGAAGAUUGAUGAUUAUUCUGGGAUCAGAAACAUCUAGUUGCUGCCUGUUAGAAGACACCUCUGAAGAACAAUUAACUAUGUAUAAUGCUCUCAUCCGUGAUGGGAUUAAAGUGAUUCUUAUAGAAAUGGAUAAAAUACAGGACUACACAAGCAUGCCAGAAUCAAUCAGAUACAUUAAGCAAAAACAUGGGGCUAUCCAAUGGAAAGGGGACUUCUCAGAGAAAUCUUGUUCUGCAUACACAAGAUUCUGGAAAAAUGUACGCUAUCAAAUGCCAUCCAGAAAAAAUAUAUCUUAUUCUGAAGUACAUUUGUUGCCCAAAACUUUGAACAGUUCUCCAGUGUAGGGAAAUUAAGAUGUUCUUGGCUUAAUAAUACUGAGAAGGUAAUUCUGAAAUGUGUGUUUUCUGCACAAAUUCUGUGUAUUACAGACUGGACUUUUUCCUUGAGGAGUAAAAACUACCCACCCCUCCUGCGAAUUACACCUUAUAACAAAAAUGUUAUGCAACUUUAUUUCUGUUUAGGCUAUGAAUAGCAACAAAAUUUGUUGUCUUAGUCUCACACAGAUACGUGAAAUAAAUGUUGCUGAUGGUAGUAGACUGUUGUCCACAUAAAUGUGCUAUCCACUAUAUCCGUUUGUUUUUUUAAUGGAAACUGCAGUUGAUAAAUGAAAAAUCUGAUUGCAAAAUCUGCAUUUUCCUAGUCAUUUUCUUCCACUUCUUGUUGCCUCUCUGUGACAGUCUGACUUGCUCAUUACCACAAUAAUCUGUCUUCUGCAAGCUUUGAGGUCCCCUCCUGGGCAGCAGGCCUUAUUCUUGUUCUUUGAAGUGGUGGGGAAAUGCAUGAUACGGUAAGUAUAUUUAAAAUUUCUCAAAGCGCUAAAUGUUGUCACCUGGACAGUUGGAUACCAACUGUUUUAAACAAAUGGAGUAGAAUCUGUGACCUUUCGCACACUUGUUAAAUAAUGCUGUGGUGUCUGGUCAAUGAAGUGUUUCUAAACUUUGUCUCUUGAAAUGGUCAGGAAACUGAAAAUAUUUGAGAUUUUUUGCAAACUGGAAGGUUCCCAGACUGUGCUGCUACUCAGGAAAACAAGUGUUCUCUUUCUGUGUCUCACCUGUGCUAACUACAAACAGGAAAUUCACUGAGGAUCUGUCAGAGGACUGUCUAGCAUCCUGAAAGCCCAAAAUCUACAGCACUGGAGCCUACAAAUUUGGAAAAGCAGGAAAGUCUGGCUGCAGUGCCCUACAAAUUGUGGACUCAGGAAGCACUAGAUACUCAAACAUAAGGUCUACAGAGAGGCCAGGCAUGCUUCCAUCAAAUGAAAUGAGUGGCUUGUUGAAUGCUUUUCAUUUAAACAGUAUUUUGCUGUGAAAUUUCCAACCAACUGUAAUGUUAACUUGUGGUAUUUUGGACUUCUUCACUCACCAAGUUCCUCUUCUGCUGUCUCUUGCUUCUUGCCAUGUGUUGUCACAAAUGGUCCACGCGCAGGAUGCUAUAUCCAUCACUAAAUUCCUUUAGAAAACAUGGACAUACAUCACUGGGUUAAACAAAUAUGUGUUGUUCCCCCCGCCCAGCCUGCAACUAGGGAACUGCAUAUAUUCACACAGCUAUCAGGAACACAUGGUGAAGAAGGCUGCCAGGCUUUGGUAUGAGUAAGUGUCCCAAGGUGUGAAGAGCCUUAGCUGUCAGAAGGGUGGGAGAAUUCCCAGGGCAGAGAGGUUGGUGAGGGGCUCCUGGUGAUGUUGGAAGACCUAACUUCUUCCCCACAUGCAUUGGUGAUAUGCGUGGACAAUCCACACAGUGUGAAGAGAUUUGAUACAUCUGGCUUUCUUGAUAGGCCAGUUCUGAAACCUGACCAGGAGCUGAUGACAGGAAAUAAUAUCUUAUCUGCCUUUGGUGGGACAAAAAUAGAGGCAAGUGGAUAUAUCAACCUGCUUGGAAGUAGCUUGGUAUUUCUGGAUCAUGGUCCAUUGUUUUGUGUGCAUUAUGGUAAAAGAUGUACUACUUCCUUUUCAAGAUCGUCUGAAAUGGCAGGAGUUUUCACUCUCUGACCUUGAAGAGCAUCAUCUGAACAUAAACGUGAAUUCUACUUACUCUUUGUGUUCUUUUCUAAUGUAAGUAGGUUCUUACAUUAUCUUUAUUGCCAGGUUAGCAUCUGUCGCUUAAGUCCAUUCAGCUGGUUCUCAGAAGUCUGUAUGCUGUGGAAUAUACUCUUAGUUAGGCUGAUUUAUAUUGAUGGGAGAGAAAGCAAGGUCAAGGAAGUGUAACACAUUUGAAGUGAAAGAUUUACAAUAACAUAUCAUGGGAGAUUUUUGUUUGCAGGAGUGUAAAGGUAUAUGUCCGUAUGAGUAGUGUCCCACUUGCGUGGUUGUGUGGUUCAGAGCAAUUUGAUUUUCUACAGCCUCCAUUGACUUAGAGGCUUCUUUGAAGAUGUUGCCAUGAAAACUGUGAUCAAGAUAGAUUCAUCAGAUCAGGUACUAUUUUUCUAGUAGAUUUUGGACCAGUCUUCUUUGGAAAUGCAUAAUGUUUAGGCUGGAACUUUUAAAAAACAAUUUGGAAAUCUGGAUAGUUCAGAUAAUCAGUAUUGUCAAUUUUUUAUAUUGGGUCUAGACUUUGAAUUGCCCAGAAAAACAUUGAAAAACAACAGUUUCCUCUAAAGUCAACAUAAACAUGUUUUUUUUUUUUUGUUUCUUCUGUGAAAGUGCUGUGAUGAUUUUUACUGACUUUUUCAUAGUUCUUUUCACAGGUUUGGUACAACAACACUGGAGACAAGCAUUCUCCCUUUAAAUCAGACUCCCACACUUUAAAUGAAGAAAGAUAAUUGUGAAUCAGUAUUAAGCUACCUUGCACUUAAUUUAAGACAUCCAAAUUUUGUAUGGUUAUUUGUUGCUUUAGUUUUCUUGGGUGAAAGUGGGUAUGGGAAAGAGGUAUCAGUUACUGUGGUUAAUUGUUAGCUAAUUAUUUGAAUGUAGUUUGGUACGAAGGUGCUUACCUUUAUAAUGGAAAUCUAUUUUGAAGCUGAAUUUUGUAUCUGCUUUCUUCUCUUGGAAAUUUUUUUUUUUUUGCAAGUCACAUAGGAAAACCAGUCUGUCUUUUUGUGGUCCAAUAAAAGAAUCCCCAUAAUGA